AAAAAUCUCAAGGUGCUUUCUCGGUUUAUAUAGGCUGCAAUGACGCCUCUCCAAAGAUUGUUGACACUCUCCUUCUUUUCCCCGCACGUGGUUCCCACUUAUUCCUCUCUCUCCGUCUUCUUCUGUUGUCCUUCAUACCAGUCACAGAGCAACUAGAGUCACCAUGAGCACCACAAAGAACCCCCCAAGACCGCGCACUCUGCGCAGGUUGUCCAGCGAGGAUGCCACAGCUGACCUUCUAUCGCGUGGUCCCGCCAUCGUUGUGCCUCCUCAUCUCGUCGAUCAGGAAGCCAACGAGUUUGCUGCUUCUAUGGAAUUGGCCAGACAGGAGAUUGAAGCAAUCACUCCUCUUGAGGAGGAUGGUACACCCAAGGAAUCAACUGUCACUGACAGAUACGCAUAUGCCUUCGAUAUCGACGGUGUGUUGAUCCGUGGAGGUCGUCCUAUUCCGGAAGCUGUUGAGGCCAUGAAGGUCCUCAAUGGUCAAAACCAAUACGGAAUCAAGAUUCCCUACAUUUUCCUUACAAACGGUGGUGGCAAGACUGAGCAGGAGAGAUGCAUUCAGCUCAGCAAACAGCUUGACAUUGAAGUCUCGCCUGGUCAGUUCAUUUGCGGUCACACACCCAUGAAGGAGAUGGCCGACAAGUACAACACCGUUCUCGUCAUCGGUGGUGAAGGUGACAAGUGUCGCCAAGUCGCUGAGGGCUAUGGCUUCAAGGACGUCGUCACCCCCGGAGACAUCAUCAAGCACAACCCUGACACAACGCCUUUCCGCACCAUGACCGAGGAGGAGUUGAAGUACUCGCGUACUCGUGACUUCACCAACGUCAAGAUCGAAGCCAUCUUCGUCUUCGCCGACAGCCGUGACUGGGCUGGUGACCAGCAAAUCAUCUUGGAUCUUCUCAUGUCCAAGGGCGGUGUCCUCGGCACCCGCUCUGAGACUCUUCAGGAGGGUCCCCCAGUCUUCUUCUCGCACAACGAUGUCAUCUGGUCGGCUUCCCACGAACACACCCGUCUCGGCAUGGGAGCUCUUCGUGUCUCCCUCGAGGCCAUGUACAAGGCCGUCACUGGUAAGGACUUGGAGACCGUUGCCUUUGGCAAGCCCCAGAUUGGCACAUUCCAGUUCGCUACUCGUCUUCUGCAACAUUGGCGCAAGGUCACUCACGGUAUUGACGCUCCUCCGGACACUGUCUACUUCGUCGGUGACACUCCUGAGUCGGAUAUCCGUGGAACCAACGAGUUCAACAAGGUCGCUGAUCAGAACUGGUACUCCAUCCUCGUCGAGACUGGUGUAUACCAAGCUGGCACCACUCCUCGCUUCGAGCCCAAGGCCACCGUCCCCAACGUCCUGGAUGCCGUCAUGCACGGUAUCGAGCGUGAGCGCCAAAAGCAGCUCCGCGAGAUCAUCGGUGUCACCAAGUCCCUCGAGGGCUCCGCUAUCUCAGACACUCCUCAACCUUCUCGCCCUUCGACCCCCCCUGCCGCAUAGGAGUAAGAUUGCUGCUUAAAGCACAACCCAAUCCAUACCCAAUACCCUCGUCACGGCCUUUCGAUUCGGCGUUUUUCACCACACCAUAGACUCGG